AUGGAAGCGCCAGAACUGGACAGGGCCGAAAAUGAACCCCAAGCUGAGGAUUUCCGUUUGGGGGGUUCGUCCCCAGACGUGGGCUUCUACGAAGUCCGCGACAACCACACCCUAGAGUGGAAAGACGAAAGCACUGCGGCCAUACAUCGCCCACCAAGCGAUACAGCGGCACUCAUCACCGCCCACCACGGCGACACGGGCGCAAUGCUUCCCAAGGAUGUGUGGCCGAGGGUCGAUGUUCCUAUCUUUGAUCAAGAUGGUGAUGGGGCGGAGGGGACAUGUGCGCGAGUCACUGGCAUAAAACGCGUAAGCAGAUGGCAAUUGGACGAGUUGAACACCCGCAUCCAAAAGAUCGCGACCGAUCUCCGCCUGUCGGACUUUGCGAUCGACGUCAAGCUGCAGUUGCAUGAAGAAGAACGAGGCCCGAUGAGCAUAGCUGCAGGCAAUCGCAUAUUCGAUUCAGUGUUCUUGACUGAGGUACCAGACCAGCCCACAGAAAACAAGAACGUCAAAGAAUACGUGCACCCCCCAGCUCGGCUCGUCCGAACCGUCGAGCAAGCAUCCUUCCCCGGCCUCCCCAACGCCUCCCACCUCCUACCCCACGGCAUCUCCCCCCGCAAAACCCUCACCCGCGCCAUCUCCCAAGGCCACAACCUCGCGCCAACAGUCAACCGCCCGCGCUUCCGGGCCAAAAUCGCGUUGGAGCAGACGGAACAUAUUCUGUGUGAUUACUUCUGGUGGAUUUGGUUGGACCGGUUUCGGGGUGGUGGCGCGCCGGAAACGGCGAAGCCGAAUGGGUUGGAGAGGGAUGCGUCGUCGAUGAGGUGCAGCGAGCUUUCUCCUGCGGGUGAUGAUGAUGCUGAGGCGAAGGAAGCCAAGCUGAAGGAGACACAGAUCUGGGAGAAGGAGACGGAGAGUCUGAAAGACCAGCUGUUCGGCCGGAUCGCGCAGAACUAUGUCCAGAUCCUCUUGCAAACCGCCUCUAGAGACCGUGACGAGCUCAGCUUCCUCUACACAAAUCUAAUAAGCCAAUCCACCACCCUCGCCUUCACCGACUGCUUCCCGGACUCCCUCCCCAACUUCGACCCCGCCUUCGCCGUCUCCAUCGCCGACGUACUGUCGGAAUGGAUCGUGGGCAUGCGGCCGACGUUUGCGAGCGGGUGGACGCAAGGGGUGCGGUCGGCCCGGUUGAACAAGUCGACCGUGAACAAGGAGGGCCGGAAGGAUCAGGAGCAAAACUUCCUGGAUCUGAUGAGCGGCGCCGACACCGCGCAAGACAACCCCAAAGGCGCUCUCACAUCACUGCCCUCAGCCCACCCCAACACCCUGCCCGUCACCCGCCGGGUCCUCUUCGACGCCAACGCGACGACCUCGAUCAUCUCCCGCUACGUCGGCAAAUCCGAACGCCGCACCCUCCCCAUCCACCGCACCGAGGUCCUGCGCUCCCCCCCGCCGCCGCCCGACUCCCCGACGUACCGCUCCCUCAUCGCCGACUCGGUGAGGCGCAGCAGGAUGCUGCAGAGGGGGUGGAGGGCGAGCAUGGAGGAGGCCGCGAGGGAACGGAUGAGGUUGGUGCAGGGGUUGAAUGAGCAGUUGGCUAGGGAGAGGAGGAGGAUUCGAGGGAUUUUGGCUAGGCCGGAGCAUGUAAGGGAUCUUGCGGACAGGAUUAUGGAUGAUAUGACUGGGCAGAGCGAGGGGAUUGUGGACCAUGCAUAA